CCUCUAUUUCCAUCUGGACUACUGUCCCAAAUCCUGCUGCCUGGGGCUGGUCAGGAGCUCACAGAAUUCGCUGUGGAGGAUUUUACUUUGGACGGUUGUCAACAGACGGAGCCUGGAGCUGCCAGGGAGUGGUUGUGUAAGGUGACCGGUCAGGAUCAGACAGGAAGGGCCUUUUGUGGUGUCCAAAAACCAUUUGAGGAGUUUAAUGAACAGGYCUCAGAUAAUGGAUUACAAACCUGGAAGGAAAACAGAAACCUGGAGUAUUUCUGCAAAGACAAACUAAAAUACACAAUGCAUUUGGAGCAACUUCUGAGGCCCGGAACUCCGUCUGCUGCAGAUCCACCAGCAGGCACAGAGGAUCAUUUWGAGGUCUAUAUUUACAUGAAUGACUAAACAACUGAAGAGAGCGUUUCUUGUCAGCGAGCCCACAUCAUGAACUCAGUCGAAAAGCGCCGAUCGAGCCGAAGGAGCAGAGGGCAUCGGAAGCACAGCAGUGGAGGGUCCUUCCUGGAUGAAACUGACCGUGAGGUCAGUAGCCUGACAGACAGGGCCUUCAGGAGUCUCUGCAUCGGAGACGAGGCCGUUUAUAAUGACUCCGAUCUCAGUUUGUCUUCACCAAGCACCCAGAGAGACAGACAGCUGGCCUUUAGCCAGGACAGAGGCAUCGUGGAGAGAGACAGAGAGGAACAAAAGAGAGCAGAACAGGAAAACUGCAGCCUCAGAGUCCAGCAGUAUGGACAGGAUUGGAUCGUUGGCGGAAUGAGUGGAGGAGACACCCACCGAGAUCCUCAGUGGGAAGUUUAUGGGGAAAGGACACAAGGGAUGGUUUCUGCCACAUUCCAGCACUCCUUUGUGGAAACCUCUCAACAUGAGAAGUCUCUAAGGGAGCGGGAGCUUUCUCUCUACAGCAACGGAGCUUCGGAGCUAAGUUCUCAGCAGCGCAGAAGCCGCUCCCGGGUUUCUUCUCUCGUCAAAGCCUUUAACGCAGAUGGACACAGGGACGGGGCAGGGAUAGACGAGAAGCUCUGCGAGUGGAGCGACGGGACAAGUUGGGACAGAUCAGCUCUCAUGAGUUUCCAGAGGGAACUUUCUGAAUUCUCUACGUCGUACCAGCAAAGUUUCGACAGCGACCGAUUCCCUUCGGCGAGCCCGUUUUCACCUCAAAACACAAACUUCUACUCUUCUCAAGUGGCAAUGGCUCAAAUGUCUCACAAAUCUGCAUCUGCGUACGUUCAACACAGCAUGGCUGCACAGGUCAACUCUAACUUCUUUAUGCACAGCGAGUUCAGUCCCUUCAGGUUAUGGAGGGAUUACAACCGGUUCCCCUUCCAGCAAGGAGAACUCUCCGGUUUUAUGCACUGUUCGGAGUUUCCCAAAUGGUACCAGACACCAAUGUACAAUGAGCUUUCUUAUAGGGAUCCGAGACACCAAAGAAAUACUCUGGCACCUACGGCUCCCCCGACUCGCUCCAUCUCCACGUCUACGGUGCUGCAGAAGUCGUCAGCUGUGGAGAAACGCUGCGAGUCAGAGCUGGCGUAUCAUUAUCCUCACAGGAAGGGGACACAGAAUCUGGGAACUAACAAACUUCCACCGCAGCGCCCUUCAACUGCGUCGCCAACCACCGAGAUGUCCCGACGGGUCAGAGACACCAUCAGCUCCGUCAAGACGCUCCAGCAAAAAGUUAAAAUGGUAUCAGAGCAGAACGUCACAACAGAUGAGACGGUUUAUCRGCAAGGAGGGCCGUAUGGGAGGGAGCAUUUGGACAACCCUGUCAACAGGGCCGUGACAGUGGAGCCAAAUGUUUUUAACAGUAACACAAGAAGUUCCUUUGGCACUAGCCAGCUGCUCACACCUUUAGUCAACGCACACCAGGAAGCAGAGACGUCAGAUUUCCACCACUAUGACGUUUCUCCUCAACCGGUGGAGCAUCCUCCAGUGCGAGCUGAAAGCAGGGGAGYCAYACCGGAUGUCAGGAUGUCCAGUUACAAAUCUCGGGCCACAAGCCUCCUCUUUAACCUGAAGGACAACAGGAAGAGAGUAAAAAGCACCUACAGUCCGACCAAAUUUAAAGCUUUGGAUGCGCUGGAGAGAAACAAACAGGAGCCACAUGAAACAGUGAUCGACAUCCCUGCUUUUUCAGAUCCAGAUAUUCAACCACAACAGUUACAAGAACCCAGAUGGACAAACGCUGCAGUAAACCAGUACCACAAUCCUGGACUUAAAGCUCAGAUUUGUCAACCUGAAAGAGCAAACACAAGCCAAAACCCUGAAAACACUUCAUUUCAGACACAAGGUCAAGUUCAUCCCACUGGAUUCAGUAGCUUCAUACCAGAAAAUUACACAAACUAUCAGCUGGCUAAUGGGCAGAAUCCUUAUGAAAAUGUAGCAUCAUUUACUCCCUAUAAGCGUGAUUAUUUUGGAUCCAUGGAGCAACUUCAACAUCCUUAUUCAGCUGUUGACACAGCAAGGUUAAACAMCGACAACAAUCAAAGCAGAGAGUAUUUAAUAAGGAAGGCAACUACUGAGCAGGCUUUUAAUGAAACAGUGGGAGGAGUAUCCUCAAAGGUGACUAGAUACGAGCAGCUCAUAGAAAACAAACAGAAUUACAAAAAUGCAUCCUCGCUGGAAAAAUGGAGACAGACAAACAGCUAUGACACAGAGAAUGUCAAUCUGAGAACAGAUGUCUCUUCUUCAAAACAAGACAUGGCUCCGUUAACGGAACGCCCAAGAGUGGAAAAUCAGUCAAGUAGAAAUAAAGUAGAUUGGAGGGAAAGUUUGGUUCUUGGUACAUCUUCUCUUCAAAAGGCUAAUUUGGUCAGUGUUGAUGUUUCCAACCAGUUGGAGUUAGAACAGGAACAAAAGACAAAGGAAAUCAAAGAUGGCAUUUUAGCACAAAAAAACAACAGAUAUACAGWGCAAGAUGGUAAAAGCCAAAAUAAUCUUUACUCUGCAAUAGAAAAUCCUACAACCACGAAAAAUACGAGUCAGAUUAAUCAGUUUCUGCCCAUUCUAAAGGAGCAGGAAAAGCAACAACAACGAACUGAAGUUAAGCCCCAGUUUGAAAUUCAUCAGAAUUCUAAUCCCUCCCUCACACAUCAGAUAAAAGAAAGAAAGGCCACUGAAUCAAAGAGUGAAMAGACCACAGCAGAAAAUACACGGGACUCCAAAGCAGAGGAGACAAAAUCUGAGYCAAAGACUCAGGUGCAUCUCUUAAAAACAGAUUCAGCUGAGUUCAUUUCUACUCAGAAGAUUGGUUCGGAAAAUAUCCGAACAGAAGAGUUCAAAUUAGAACCAGAAAAGCUGGAGAGUCUAAAUGAAGGCAAAAAGGAACGGAUCAAAGAGGAAGAGAGGGAAAGAGAACAGAAAGAACAUUUCACAGAGAAAGAACCAGGGCGGGAUGGAGAGAAAAAGACMAAAUCUGCACAAACCAGAGGUCAGCAGUCAACAGAUGAGCCAAAACAUGUUCCAGAGAAAGCUAAGUACGAGCACAUGACCGAGGAGCAGGUCAAAGCAGAACAAGCUGAGUCGGAGAAGCUAAAAGAAGAACGCAUAAAAACCAAAYUGGCUACGACUGAGGAGGCUGGGACGGGUGGGAUAAAGCAAGCCGAAGUCAAAACGCCUGCAAGGAAAAUAAUGAAUCCAGAGCAAGUUAAGGAGGAACAGUUGCUCAAAAAACAAGCAGACGGAGAACAGAUGCAGGCAGAGCAAGUCAAGACRGAAAACGUUCAUCCAGAAAAGGUUAAGGUUGAAAAAGCAGAGCAAUCACAGCAAGUAAGGGAGCUGCAAACCAAAGCAAAAUACAUAAAGAUAAUAGAAGAUGAAAAGAUAGAAAUCAAAUCGGAGGGUGUCAGAGAAGUUGAGAAAAAGAAAGAUUUAAGUCAAGUAACUGCAGAGAAACCAACAAUACCCACAUGUCCGAGCAAAGACACAAAUCCUGCAGAGAGAAAAACAGAGCAGGCGACGCUGAAGGAGAACAAACUGGAUCGAUGCAGAGCAGAGCUGUCCACCACAGAAAACUUGUUGGAGAGGUCCGAUCAUCUGACAGCUAAACUAACAGCGGCGCAACAUGCCCGGAGAGAACCAGAUAAAGUCGAGCAAGUUAAGACGGAGUUAGCUAAAGCCAAGGCAGAGCUAGCCAGAAUAAAGGAGAAAAUGAGAGGGGAACAAAAAGAGAAAGUCAAAACCAAUCCUAUCGAGAAGGAGGACGGUGCGUCAAAGAAYAAUAGCAUUUUGAGCAUAAACGUGGAUAAAAGCAAAGAUGAUAAAAAGCAGGACCAGUCACUUGAAAUUCAAACUCACAGCGUGGCUGAUGAUUAUGAACGACUCAGGGAGAAAUAUGGUUUUAUAAACGUAAUAGAAACAAACAAAAUGCCAGCAGGAAAUACUACUUCAGCUGAUGCCAAUAAAAUAGAUAACACACCUCCUGAUGAAGCUGGGACAAAAAAUAAUGCAAAAAUAAAUAGUCUUGCAUGCUUGUUUAUUGCACCUGAAAAUAAAACGGAAGUUAGUAAUGUAACAGAAACUCAGUCUGUCCACACUGAAUCAUCUAAACAGUUCAAAUUAUCUGAUGCUAAUUAUCCUAAUAAUUCAUGCAAUGAAACAAAUGGAGACACUUCUGACAAAUUAAAAUGCGAUAGUGGUGAAAAGUUGGAAAAGUCAGACUCGGUUAUCUCACAGCAAAGASAUUCUGAUUUGGAUAAAUUGCUCCCCCUUCAAAGAAAACCUGAGUCCAGUGAGCAUAGUGCAGAACUGGGUAAAGAUCUGUCCAUUACCCCUCCAAGAUCUUUGUCACAAAAAGAACGGGCUCAGACCAAACAGGAAAUACUAACUUCCAAAAUAAAAGCUCAUGCUGAAAAAGAGAUUUCAGCAAUUAAAGAAAAGGGAUUUGCUUUACGAGAUGGAUUCAUAGGCAAAAAUCCAUCCAAGCAUUUAGCAAGUGGUCAGGGUGUCAACGUUCGGCAGAGGCCAUCGUCACUGGAAGYGCCCAAGAAUCAGGAAAACACAGUUUCAAACAACGUUUCACCGAAGCUUCAAAUAGAGCCUUCGGGAAUCCAAACAAGGCCAGCCAAGUUUGCUCCACCCCAGAGCGGUGCGGCAACAACAGGAAAGCCUGCAGCAACCACUACUCAGUUAGAGAACUUAGAAAAGGCUGCAAACCAGACAGCAAACAGAACCAUGAGCCUAACCGAGGGCAAAAAACAGAACGAAGAUGGAAUCAAGUCAUCGGUGCAAAGUAAAGAACAGGCACCAGAAAACAAAGAAGGAAAUCACGCAGACUAUAGAAAACAAAAAGACGAAGUUCAACAAAAUGUCAAAGAGGACAUUUUCAACAAAAAGAAGGAAGUCCGAACACAGGAUGCAGGUGUUGAAGUAAAUGUUAAACCUGUGACCACAGAGGAGGGMAAACAUGAGGAAACAGCUAACAUGGACUUAGUGCCACAGAGUGUAACUGAUUCUAAAGAAGUGACUCUAACUGAUGACAACCUGCAGAUUAUGGGUAUAGUGGUGACUGUGCGAGAAAGAAAGCCAUCAGAAAGCAUUUCUCAGCCUGACAUUACUGCAAAAAAUGCGGAAACAGAACAAGAGUGCAACAAAUCAGCUGUAGAAAAAGGCCAUCCAAGUCAAGGACAAGACGAAAACAAAACUUUAAAGGAGGCUAAUAUAGUAAAGGAGAUAAAGAAAACUCCAUUGGUGGUAAAAGAUAACCAAGCUAAAGUUGUUCAAAAUAAUCAUCCUGAAAAUAUGCAACAAGCUUUAUCGUUGGAGACAAAACAGAAACACAUGACAGGAAAUGUCACAGAAAAAAGAACAAAUCUCCAGCAGGACACUUCUAAAGUGGACUCAGAACUCCAAGGUGAAACUCAGCAACAAGGUGUUACUGCUCCUGCUAAGGAUAAAAUGUUGACUGAAACUACACAGCAAAACACAACAGCAGAUAAACCAAAGGACAUCACAAUUAAAACAGCAAAAGAAAAUUUGGCAAAAAGCUCAGCAGAGGUGAAGAAAGACAAUGAGAGUAAUGAAGAACAAAUGCAAACAGCCCAUGUCAAUGAUAACCUUACAAUAAAUGUGGUCAAAUCUAUAAUAAACAGCAGCAAAGAUGACCGUUUGAUAAAACAGCUGUCAGUGAAAGAUACGACGAGUUUUCAUCCAAGCAGUGACAUAGAUGGGCAAAGUGCACUUAUGCAUAAAGAGACAAAAGAAUUUGACAAAGUGAGUCCUAAUAAUGAAUCACCGCAGCUCAAUAACAAACAGAGCAAAGAAGAUAUUACAGAUGUUAAUGUGCAUAUCGACAGGAUUGCCAUCAGAGUUGUGCCGGCAGAGACUAAAACCGACAAUGAAGGAAAAGCGGAACAAAGCGACAACAAAACUUUCCAUUCAGAUAUAAAGCAUCAACAAGUUGUAUCGUCAAGUUGGGACGAAAAAGCAAACACGUCAAACAACGAACCCUUUUCCAAAGGCUUCACUUUGGCAAGAAGUGAGCAGAAGAAGGAAAAAAGUCUGGAAGAUAAAUUAGCGGUUCAAAAUGUGUUGUCCAGUGUACGAAAACUGUCUGACUCACUGAAAGCAAGUAAACAAAGCGCAAACUCAAGCAGUGAGAGCUGUAAAGCUGGAAAUAAGAGAAAUGAAUCUAAAAUACAACUAGUGGAAGAAGACUACUUUCAAAUACAAGGAGUGACAGAAACAAGCAGUGAGGCUCYCAGCAAUAUAACAACUGCUGAGGAGAAAUCAAAGGAACAGGAACUUCCAGGAUUAUUACCAAAUACCACUGCUAUCAGCAGUGAAYCUUGCAAGGAAAUAAAAAGUGAAGUUUUUGUUUUCAGUCUGGAUCAAAGGGACAAAAAGGCAAGUUCAGAAAACAUUCAAAAYGAGAAUAUCAAAAAGGAACAUAUGGAAGUCAAAGAUACAUUGUCUUCAAACCAGACUGAUGGUUCCAUGGAGAGAUGGAGUAAAACAGAAAAAGGCGAGGCAGGCCAGUUGGAUCCCAUCAGUAAACGCAAAGAGGAACAGCUUCAUUUGUCAACAAUGGAAAGACGGAGUUCAAGAGAGUCACAGCCAACAAAGACAAACCCGGCUCCAGAAAAAUCAGAAGUUAAACAAAAACCAAGAGGAAGGACUUCCACGAUCCCUGAGAUAUCAGCACUUGCAGAUUACGCCAGAUUGAAGGUAAUUGUUUCAGAGGACAAAGAUGAGACCACAGUUCAUGAGUUGCCCCCCAACAAAAAGGAAGGAUUCUUCCCACUAAUACACACGCGUCACAGCAGACCCCCCGUGUUCACUGAUGACCCUCAAAACCGCUCUGUGAAAGAGAAAAAGUUGCCGAAAAAGAUGGAGACGAGUGUGAAAGUGAAUAAAGAGCCCAAAACAACUGGGUUUCCUAAAAUGGAGAAGGAGCACCAAAGAACUGGGAUGUUCAAACUGGGAGACAAAGAAAAACAAGAGAAAACGAGUUCAGAUGCUGAAGUGAAUGCUGGUCUAUUCAAAAAUAAAGAUAAAGAUUUGAAAGAGACAAAGAAAACAACUCAGACAGAACAAAUGGGUCAAGAAAAACUUGAUGCAAGUACAAGUCAGCCAAAGAAUCAAGUAAUGGCCCCGUAUUUUGUAGCCACCAGUGCGGACAACAACUCUGAAGUACUGCCAUAUUUACAUCCAACUUUUGGGCAAAUGCACCACAAGACAGAACACUCAAUUGAUUCAAAGAAAAAUGCAAGUUCUGAAAUACAGCAAGAUAAAGACACAAGAGCUAAGGUUGAGGAUGGGAGGACAAGUGGAAUAAAACAAGAAACGAUUACAACCCAGAAUAAAGAAACCAAGAGAAAACAGCAGGAUCAACAACAACAAUCUAAAGAAGAAGGGGUGUCCAGGAAUGUAAAAGAACAAAAUAAAGAAGACAUGAGAAUUAAAAACAUGAUAGAGGAGAGAAGAGCUUCUCUAGCUGAGGAAGAAAGGAGAGCCACUAGGAGAGAGGAGGAGAGAAGAGCAAGGGAGCGCGAGGCCGUUGCCAUCAUGAUCAAAGAGAGGCGAGAAAAACAAAAACAAGCAGAGAUAAAAGCAGAGGACGAAAGAAAAACAAAACAGAGAGAGGAGGAGAACGUUCUGAAGGAAGACGAGAAACAAACAAAACAAAAAGUAGAACCCAAAAUGACAGAAAGUGACAAGAGAAGAAUGAAAGUCGAGGAAGAAAUAAUGGCAAAACUGAAAGAAAAGGAAAACGAGAAGAGGAUAAAACAACAAAAAGAAGAAAGAAAUGCUCRAGUGGACCAGCAAAGGAAAACGUCAGAGGAGAAAAGGGAAGUGGUCCAAGGGGAGCAACAAAGGAGGCCUGGACAAGAGGAGCACUUGAGAAAAUUUGCACCUGAGGAGCAUCAGAAAAGAGGAGCCGAGGAGAACAAAAUGAGAGAUGCAAUAAAACAGCAACAGAGACAAAAGGCACUUGAGGAGCAACAAAGGAAAGCUGCUCAAGAGGAAAUGCAAAGAAAAGCUUUACAAGAACAACAGAAAAAAUUGGUGGAGGAACAGAAAAGGAGUGCUGCACAAGAGGAGCAACAAAGAAAAACUGUACUUGAGGAAAAACAGAAAAGAGCUGCAUUUGAGGAGCAACAGAGGAGAGCAGCUCAAGAGGAGAGGCAACGGAAAGCUUUACAAGAGGAACAGCAGAGAAGAGCUGCAGAAGAGGAGAAACUAAGAAGAGAUGCAGAAGUGGAGCAACAGAGAAGAGCUGCUCAAGAGGAGCAACAGAGAAGAACUGCUCAAGAGGAGCAACGGGAGCAACAAAGAAAAGCUGCACAAAAACAGCAAAAGAGAAAAUUUGCAGAGGAGCAGCAAAGGAGGGAUGCUCAAGAGGAGCAACAAAGAAGAGUUGCACAAGAGGAGCAACAAAGAAGAGUUGCACAAGAGGAGCAACAAAGAAGAGUUGCACAAGAGGAGCAACCAGCAAUCACUGACAAAUGA